AGGUCUCCAAAAUCGAUUCGGAGCUUUCGUCGACCCUUGAGAAACGCAACAAUGGUAUAUUCCGUUAAUCACGAAAAGUCAGUGUAACAUUUCUUGUGUUUGUGGCUUUUGUUCGAUUUUGCAUAUUUACUUGUGCAAUACAAAUACAAAUUGGCUUUGAAAGUGACGCUGUGUUAAGCAAAUUUACGUAUUUUUAUUAAAAAAGUUUGUCGGCAGCGACACAACUUAAAAGAGCAUUUGAAAAAGUUGGCUUCAAAAUGACACAGUAAGCAGUAAUAAUAGAAUUUAGACGUGCCCCAUGGAGAAGAAGUUAACUAUAAAAUAAACUAAGUAAUAAAAUAUAUUUUUAAAAUAUAUUAAACAAUAUUUUUAUUGAAUACAAUAAAAAUAAUAUUUAUUUUGAAGCUCAAAAUAUAUAAAAAUAAAAUAUUAAGGUGACAAAAGAAGGUCAAGUUGAAAAAAGUGAAGAUAAAAAAUUAUAAUAUUAAUCUCAUGAAGGAGAAUGAAAUUACUGACCUAAUCUCUCAAUCACCAAGAAGAAAAAAAAAGGCUAUAUAAAGUUCAAAAAACAAGGCAGUUGGGGCGGACAGGAUUCCAUCAAAAAUACUUGAGCUCUUGAAUGAGAGGGCAUUACAGCACUACAUAAAAUAUUUAACGUCAUUUAUUUAUAGUGGUUAUUACCCUUAACGUCAUUUAUUUACAGUGGUUAUUACCCUGAAUAAUGGCCAACCUCCACUUUUAUCUCCUUGCUUAAGAAGAUCGACGCAAGGAAAUAUGAGGACCAUAGGCUCAUUAGUUUAAUGAGUCAUAUCCUAAAUAUAUUCCUAAAGAUAAUACAUCAGAGGAUUUAUAAAAAAAUGUGAAAGAGACAUAAGCGAUUCACAGUUUGGGUUUAGACAAGAGUUAGCUACAAGGAAAGCAUUAGUCACCAAGCAAGUGCUUGACCAGAAAACUAUGACCAAAAAAAAGAUGUAUGUCUGUGUUUCUUAGACUACGAAAAAGCAUUUAAUAGGAUACAAUAUCAUAAAUUAAUGCUACUCUUCAAAAAACUUGACAUAGAUCAAAAAGACAUCCAAUGUAUUGAAAACCUGUACUGGUAUCAAACUACAUGGGUGAAAGUGAAUAACGACAUGUCCACUUCCAUACAAAUUAGGAAAGGAAUGUGACAAGGAUGCGUGCUGUCGCCACUCCUAUUCAACUUAUACUCAGAAGCAAUUUUUUAAGAAACCUUGGAAGACAAGAAAAUGGGGUUUAAGGUUAAUGGAAUGUGGGUUAACAACAUUCGAUACGCCGACAACACGGUUUUAAUUGUUGGCAAUAUAGAUGAUCUACAACAUCUGGUUAAUGUGAUAAGACAACACAAUAGAAGAUGAAAAUAAAGCGUAGUAAAUCUCUUUCUCCCGAACCAUCUAGUAGUUCAGAUGGUUCGACGAAACGUAUAAAACUUGAAGCUGCAAAUCUAAAUGGAACAACGGCAUCUUUGAAUAUUCUGGAGUUCUCAGACGAUGUUUUGCUUAAUAUAUUGAAAUACCUGUAUCCACAGGAUCUCAUGGCAGUCAGUUUAUGUUGUCAGAGAUUUGCACAGUUAACACAAGACAGAACUUUGUGGAGAAGAGUGGAUUUUCGAACAAAGUCUAUAUUUCUAGAUGACUUAAAUCAUUACAUGAAGUUUUUGCAACCGAUAACAAUGAGUUUAGCAAUACGUGGCAAUUUGAAUUCUCGUGAAUGUUCAUCUCUCACACAAAAAUUCUUUAAUAAUGUGAAAACUUUGUGCGAUCAACUCAAAGAAUUGAUCAUUGAAGAAUAUUACAUCAAUGGAGAUAAGAUUCAUAUAACAGAUUUUCCAUGCACCAUUGAAAAGCUAUCAUUAGAAGGUUGCAAAAUGAAUUACUUACAGAGUAAUAAAUCUUAUUUUUUUAAAAUGGAUCUUCACAUGCCUAAUCUGACUUGUUUGAUUUUAAGCAAUUGUGAGUGGUUUACGCCGCAUUCCUUACUAGUUAUUAGCAAAAUACCAAAACUCAAAGAACUCAGACUGAAUUCGUGUCAUCGUCUGGGCGAAUGUGUUGCGUAUGCUAGUUUAGCAACUAGAUUUGGAUUUAAAACAUUAGAGAUUUUAGACCUUCGAGAUACUGCAUUAGGAGAUAGUGAAGUUGGCUGUUUUAGUAGUACUAAAACUUUAACGCAUUUAUAUUUGGAGUGUCCUUCGACAUGGAGAACUGAAGAAUCGCCCGAAGUUAUUCAACAACGGCAACAACAAGCUCUACGAUUACCAAUAUUUGAAGACGGUAAUCUAGCUCAGUUCUUAGUUGAGGAUGAAUUAUCAUUUGAAAAUUAUGGAUUUCAACGAUGUUUGAUAUCAGAUAGAGCGAUUUGUGCCCUUGGAAGCGAUACUUGCGAUAGAGAAGUAGUAAAUAGUUUUCUUGCUCCGCAAGGAAUGAUAAUAUUACGGGAAGAUAGACGGAUAUCCAAUAAUCCAAAUCUUAAAACAUUAGUUGUUAGAAAUUAUCCACGUGUAACAAAUUCAAGUCUUAUCCAUUUGGCUUUAAAUGCAUCAAGAUUAGAGUACUUGGAUGUUACUGGUACUUCUGUCACAAGAGAUGGUGUUGAAUCAUUCAAAUCUCAAAAAAACAAUGUUAAAGUAGUUUCAUCAUUUGAUGAGACAUAG